AUGGAUGAAGUCGAAGCAUCUAUCAACCAUCUGAAGAACAUUGCUUCAGUCAUGAACCCUCCACUUUUUGCACACUUCGAAAGGCUCGAAAGCGAACGAAGAGCUCGUCAAGAUGAGCUCGCGAGCAGCCUCGACGUAUCUGAUGAUCUGGCGGACUACCCGGUCAACCUCUUACCAAUGGCACAUUUGAGCGCCGUCUUCCAAGGUCGGGAGGAAGUUCUCUUGCGGAUCGAUGAAGCCCUGGAGGGACCGGACAACAAGUUACGUUCUGUCUUGAUCCACGGUCUGGGUGGCGUUGGAAAGACUCAGACAGCGUUGAAUUAUGCGCAUCGAAACGCAGGCAAGUAUGAUGCCAUCUUCUGGGUCCGCAGUGAGACAACACUGUCUAUCAACGCCAGCAUGACCAACAUUGCGCGCUCUCUGAAACUACCUGGGUCUAUGCGUGAAGAUGGAAAUGAUGAAAUGAACUUUUUAAUGGUUCAGAGCUGGUUCCGUACACAAGCAGCUCGAAAGAAUGGGAGGAAAUGGCUCAUGAUAUUCGACAACGUGGAAAGUAUUGAGGACAUUGACUCCAAAUAUGUUCCGACCACAGGUGGCGCUGUGAUAAUCACAAGCCGGCGGCCUGAUAACGCCUUGCCAAAAUCAUCAGAAGUAUCACUGAAACCCUUCCCAGUCGAGGCUGCAACCAAGGUUCUUUCAGAAUCAAUGAAGUACUCGUCGUCGCAGGUUCUAAAUGACCAGGACGAAGAUGCUCUCGAAGCUCUUGCAACAAAGGUAGACGGUCUUCCCAUCGGACUCCGUGUUAUAGCUGGCUUGAUGAAUGUGCACGCACGGAAGAACACAACUGCCUCGAAAUUCCUCAAGAUGUACAAUAAGGGCGCUGUGAAGUUGAUGAAAACUUCAGGCCGCAUCAUUGACUACGAAGGGGACAGCACUCGCCGCGUAGGAUCGGAACAUGUCCUAAACAGGAUCUGGUUCCUAAGCUUUGAACAACUGGAUAAGAGCGGAGAAGAAAAAGGAGAAGCGAGGAUUUUGCUUGGAAUUCUCGCACUCUUGUGCCCGGAUGGCGUGCCGCAAUCGCUCUUUGGCACUGAUGUGACUGACGACGGCGUACCCCCGGAGUUGUUGCUGAUCUGCGAAGACGAAUUUGGAAUUGACACCGCUUCGGUGGACCUUGCGCAGAUGGCCCUUGCUGAUCUAGACGGGCCCAACAUCACUGUUCAUCGCCUCGUUCAGGACGCUUACGUUGACUUCCUGCUAGAGACAGAACGGUUCUCUGAGGUCCGUGCUGUGCGUAAGGAAUUUCCGAUUCCAAAGAGUCUAGCCGAGCUGCUCAAACACUGUGCAUGGUACCUUUUCGAGAUGGCGGAUCAUCGCACUGCUCUGCAUUUGCUGGAGAUCGCACAGAAUGCCUGCGCUGACAAGCUCUCUGAGCUAUAUGCGCACCUUCUCAAUACCGUCGGCUGUUGCGCAUUUGAACUGAAUGAUUUGCAGCUAUGUCGACAGACAUGGGAGGAGGCCAUGACCCUUCGGAAAACUUGGGCCAAGAAGAAUGUGCCCGGGGCCGAGGAAGAGCUCGCUAACCAGCUCAAUAACUUCGGCAACCUCGAGUCUGCCGAGGGGAAUUAUGAUGUUGCGUUGGACCUCUUUGACAGAGCAAAGAAGAUCAGAGUGAAGCUUGGGGCUGACGCCAUUGUUCCACUCGCAGUGUCCCAUAUGACUACGGGGCGGGCAUAUUUUCUCAAGGGCAUGCUAACCGAGGCAAUGGAGAACUAUAAACAAGCAGAGGCUAUUUUCUUGGAUCAGUUCGGCCCCAAAGCCCACUUCAUGGCACACCUGAACUAUGCGUACGGAAACCUCAAGCUUGCCCAGAGCCCUGAGGAUGCCGAUCAGUUCUACGAGAAAGCUCGCGCCAUCUUGGAGGAAACCACUCCAUUUCACCUUCUUCUCGCUGCUUGUCUGUACAAGACUGCAUGCCUUAGAGCAAGCGCCGGUGAUCGCGAGCAAGCCUUGAAAUAUCUCAACAAGGGUCUGACUAUUGCGGAGCUGCGGGAAGCUGCGGGCGAUACCGCACGACUCCUACGCAAGAAGGCUGCUAUCCUCUCAGAGGGCCCACCGGAUGACCAACAAAGCGCCGAGCUUCUAAUAGCGCAGGCUGAAUCGAUGUUGGCUGGGCAGGGUGGUCUCGUUUCGGUAAAGAAGUAUGGUGCCGCAACAUUGAACACUAUAGCCAUCCAUGUCGAGCAGCAGGAAGGCUCGAUUAACCCUGGGCAAACGAACGACAAGGUCUCCAGACGCGAGAUUGACUGA